UCCUCGGCACCAUAUAUAAAACGCUGAACUCAAAAACACGAAAAAGGAAAAACGAAGAAGAGAAAAAACAAAGGCGUUAAGUCAUUUUCCUCUUUGCUCUUCUGAGAUUCAGAUCCAAAUAUCCACAAAAGAAGGAAACGUGGGAGGGAGCUGAACAAUCUUGAAAAUGGCGACGGUGUCUCCUCUGGCUAAAUACAAGCUGGUCUUCCUGGGCGAUCAGUCCGUCGGAAAAACCAGCAUCAUCACCCGCUUCAUGUACGACAAAUUCGAUACCACCUAUCAGGCUACGAUUGGGAUUGAUUUUCUGUCGAAAACGAUGUACCUUGAAGAUCGGACAGUUCGUUUGCAGCUUUGGGAUACUGCAGGGCAAGAAAGAUUUAGGAGUCUCAUUCCAAGCUACAUCAGGGAUUCUUCUGUUGCAGUGAUUGUUUAUGAUGUAGCUAAUAGACAGUCAUUUCUGAACACUAAUAAGUGGAUAGAGGAAGUACGGACAGAACGAGGAACUGAUGUCAUUAUCGUGCUUGUGGGGAACAAAACUGAUCUCGUUGAUAAAAGACAAGUCUCUAUAGAGGAAGGGGAUUCCAAAUCUCGUGAGUUUGGAGUCAUGUUCAUUGAAACUAGUGCAAAAGCAGGAUUUAAUAUCAAGCCUUUAUUCCGCAAGAUUGCUGCUGCAUUACCAGGGAUG